AUGCUGUGCUUCAUAAUCCACAGUAACAACACGCACCCUGACGAGGAUAAGGACCACUACAAGACAGGAGUCCACAACAGCAUCACUGCAGUCACUGUUCCUGGGGUUGGAGUGGAAAUAGGAGCUGCUACUGCUGCCUCUAAACUUGCAGAACGAUACGCUUCACUUGCAUCACCGGAGGACUGCUCCAAGUUUGUACUGUCUCCACGAGAACUAGCACUUUUAGAAGACCAGAGCAGGACCCUAUUAUCAGCUGUCCCCGCAAAGCUGAUUCCACAACCGGUGGUCUUUCGAAGCGCUGGAGUAUCUGUGACUGUUCCUAUCCCUGUGCCUGUCUGUACCAGCGACUACGACAUGGUUUGCAAGAGGAAAUGCUCUGAAGUGCAGCGGUGCACUCCCUGUAAGCAGCCGCGUUGUGCCUUCUCUGGCCCAGAUGGAGGCCUAGAAAAUGGAGCAGAGUCCUCCUCAAAUGAGCCCAGCUCCUGCCAAGCCCCCGUCAGCCCUGCUCCCUCUGCCUCCUGCUCCUCCUCCUCUAUCUCUGAGGGCUGCUGUGGGCUGGGCCUCCCUGCAGAUGUUCCUCACAGCUCAAACUCCUCUCCAUGCUGUAAUCACCACCACGAAAACAACCAGCCCAAAGCUCCUGAAGCCACAGAGCAUUUAACUAUCAACCAACUGCCUUCCUCUAUCCUCCUCAAAGUGUUGUCCCACUUGACCGUGAAGGAGCGCUGUCUGUGUGCCUCGCUGGUCUGCAAGUACUGGCGCGACCUCUGCUUAGACUUUCAGUUCUGGAAGCAGAUCGACCUCAGCGGCCUACAACAAGUUAAUGAUGAGCUGUUGGUGAAGAUAGCCUCCCGUAGACACAACGUGACCGAGAUCAACAUAUCAGAUUGCAGACGAGUCCACGACAGCGGCGUCUCCACACUGGCCUCGCACUGUCCCGGGCUGCAGAAGUACACCGCGUAUCGCUGCAAACAGCUGGGAGAUGCGUCGCUCUCAUCUCUGGCCGCACACUGCCCCCUGCUGCUCAAAGUGCAUGUCGGCAACCAGGACAAACUGACAGAUGAGGCACUCAAAAAGUUGGGAGAGUAUUUGUGGGGAGCUGAAGGACAUCCACUUGGGCCAGUGCUACAGUAUAACGGAUGA